AACAACGGCGACAGGCGCAGUGGUGUGGAAAUCAUGGAAGGAAGAACUUCAGCAUCUUCAGGACACAUCAGUUACCAUAUGCCAAAGAAGAAGCCAAACACCAGGUCAGAGGAUGUCCAAGUUCAGUCCCCUUUCACAAGGCUCCCAGGCUCCCACCAUUGGGUCUACCCUUUAAAAGAGUGGAGAUUAAGUGCCAGGAACAAAGAGUCUUCUACAAAAAGAAAAAGGCAAAGGGAUUGUGACAGAUGCAGCUGUAAUGAUGAAGAAUCAAUUGGGCAACCCAAAGUUAUCUUGACGAAUGUCCUGAGGACGAAAAUAGGACGAAAAUAUGCACAGGCGCAACCUAAAACUGCUGCUAAUUUUUCUGAUGCUGACAAGCUGCAGUCAGAUCAACUACCUUCAUCAUCUGUUGCCUGCCUAAAGAUAUGGCAAAUUUUAAAUCCUACUCUCCAAAGCCUUUUUCUAUCCAAAAGGCAACCCAAAGUUAUCUUGACGAAUGUCCUGAGGACGAGAAUUGGAAGAAAAUACAUAAAGAGAAAUAUAAUAAUUGAUGCUAAUUUAUCAGAUGCUGACAAGUUACAAUCAGGUCAACCACCCUCAUCGUCUGUUGCCAGCCUACAGACAUGUCAAAUAUUAAGUCCUCCUCAUGAAAGUUCUUUUCUGUCCAAAAGGAGUGAGCAUUGCCUGAGAAAGACAGACGACGCCCAGUGUAAAUUGAUCGAAACCUCUAAGGAAUCAGAAAGCAAUAAUCUUGUCUUCGCUUUUAGAAAAUGUGAGCUGCAGAAGAAAGAAAACAAGAGCUAUGUUGAAGUGGAUAAGAGGAGCAAAAACAUGAACAGUACUUCUCUUAGUUGGAAGGGAUCAGACUCCUUUGAGUCUAAGAAAAGGAAAAGAAGAUUUAGCGAUGAUUGUAAUGCACGCAUUCCAGAAAUAUUGCUUCUAUCAUCUAAAGAGCAAAGAUUGAGUUCAACUCAGUCUCCUGGCUGCAGAAACCUCUGUGAGGAUGAGCAAGGUCACAGGUCUAGCCUAGUGCGGGACUGUAUUCCGCAGCUGUUAGAGGCACACUGUGAAGAUGCUUCCACCCACGUCCAUUUGAGGUCUGCUUACAACUGCGCAGAGGUACUUGGCUCAGAGUCUCCUCCUAGGAACUUAUUGGAGAAGCAGCUUCCUACCACUGGUGAGGACACGAUUUCACCAAGAGUCAGUACCAUCAGGAAGUUAACGGUGGACACGUCGCAGUAUCUGAGCAAGUUGCGGAACAGAAUCUGCAGGGGUAAUCGGCCACUUGUUUCAGUUGAGCCAAUUGUCCUUUCCAGUGAUGAUGAGGAUGGCUCUUCUGAACCAAAAUCCGCAGAGCCACUGCAGGAUAACAUCACUGAUAAUAAAGAAACAGACCAAGAGUCUGAUUUGCCUUUCUCAAAAAUGCUAAUGGAAGACAAGAUGGAAAGUCACACAGAGCAGCUUUUAAUGGAGUCAGUUGAAGAUACAUGUCCUGUCAUCUUACCUUCUGGUGGCACACCUAGUGAACAGAUGAACCCAGCACUGGAGAUUGGAUUUACUAGUCUAUACAUUGGGAGAUUUAAGUGGUCAUCAACAGGUCAUGCUAAGUUUACAACCAAGUAUAUUAUGAUCCCAUUUCAAGUGGCUCUUAAUAAGAAUAUUAAGCUGACAGUUGAUACUCUGGAUCUGAGGAGGUUUGGUCUGUGGAGAAGUGACGGUGGCUGUUCUUCAAGGACAAUCAUUUUCCUUUGGUUGUCUGCAGAUUAUGUAGAAAAUAUUGAAACCCAAUUAGGAAAGUCUAUUUUCAGCAAGCCAUCCAAAUCUAGUGAAUUUAUUUUUCUUGAACUGUCCCAACCACUCACAGAGUGGGAAGAAGUUAGACUGACUGAAUUAAUUACAAAUGUGAGCAAGAAGAAUAGAGCACCAGAUCUCUCUGAGUUUUUGUCUUUGAGGCAAGCUGUACCUUUGUUUAAGGAUCUUUCUGCUGAAGAGAGCUCUUUUAUGAGUUACAGUCAGGAUCUACUAAAGCAAUGUAUACCGAAAGAGAAUACCUCAAGUGCGCAUGAGCCUGCAUUUCAGGAAUCAAAACCAAAAGUGGCCAGGCCUAGUUAUGCCCUUGCAAAUAGGCAGAACAGUGGUUGCUAUUCCAUUUCUCUGUCCUCUCCACUGAACGAAGAAUGGAAAGAAGUAAGAGAAACUGAAGCAGUUAAAAAUUUGAUUGUUUAUCCACCUCCACCUGCUAAAGGAGGCCUGGGAGUCACAAGAGAAGAUCUAGAGUGCUUAGAGUAUGGAGAAUUUCUCAAUGAUGUCAUCAUAGAUUUCUAUCUUAAAUACCUCUUGUUGGAGAAAGCUCCAAAACAUCUUGCUGACCGUACACACAUUUUUAGCAGUUUCUUCUAUAAGUGCCUGACCAGAACAGAAAAAAACUCUGAGGGGGAUCCCAAAGUUACAGCGGCUCAGAGAAGACACAAAAGAGUAAGAACAUGGACUCGUCAUAUAAAUAUCUUCAGUAAAGAUUAUAUCUUUGUGCCUGUGAAUGAGGAGUCUCAUUGGUACAUUGCAGUUAUCUGUUUUCCGUGGCUAGAAGAAGCUGUGUAUGAGGAAUGUCUCCAUCAGACUUCAUUAUAUCACCAGCUUCAAGAAUCUCCACUUCAGUCAGAGAAGGACAGUCAGAGCACUAGAACCAGUUCAGUGUUGGCCUUUCCUAGUAACUGCAAGGAUGAAGAAAUGGAUGCAAACAGGAGUUUAUUCUCAAAAGGUGGCAACCAUGUUGCUGAGGUUCUGCACUCAGAUAUUUCUGAAAACUCUCCUAGUAACUCCAGAAAGCAAAUUUGUAAAAGGCCUUGUAUACUCAUCUUAGAUUCCUUGAAAGCUGGCUCUGUGCAGAAUACAGUUCAGGUUUUGAGAGAGUACCUGGAAGCAGAAUGGGAAGCUAAACGAAAAACACACCGGGAAUUCAGUAAAUCAACAAUGAUUGACUUCUGUCCCAGAGUGCCUAAACAAGAUAACAGCAGUGAUUGUGGUGUAUAUUUGCUGCAAUAUGUGGAAAGCUUCUUCCAGAAUCCCAUAAAUAACUUCGAACAGCCAAUGCAUCUGGAGAAGUGGUUUCCUCGUCAGGUGAUCAGAAGCAAACGAGAAGAAAUUCGAGAUCUGAUCUUGCAAUUGUACUUUCAACAGCAUAGUGGCAGCAGCAGCUAAUAAAUCUGCUCAGCCAGACCUGGCAAAGACAUUGCUGUUUAUAGUAACUGGAACUCUACUUAGCAGCAUUUGGGCUCUUUCUGCCUUAUAAAGGUUAAAAAAACAAGAAGUAUUUUGUUCGUUUAUUGUACUUUUUAUUUAAAGAUUUUUUUUCAUUUGGAUUUUGUAGUCCUAGAAUGCAGUGAUGGGGAAAAAGGAAAAGACUGUAGAUAAAAGUGUAAAUAUGUAAGUUAAAGCUAGUUCAUGUUUGUUGUCAGUUGAACUUUUACUUGGAAUAUGGAAGCUACAUUCAGAUGUGUGCCACAAAGAUGUAAAAAUAUUUUGAUCUUAUGGAGCCUGUUCCUUACAAUUCUGUAUAAACAUAACUUAGAGUUGAAUGAGCAUGUAGAAGUCAGGCCUGAAGAAAGGAUUUUGACCCUAUGCUAUGACUUUUUCUACUUUACAGUUCACAUAAAAUGAAUACUAUGUAUUGUUUUAAUUUAAGGAUAUAAUAUUGACUCUCUUCAGAGAUUUUUUUGUUUGUUUCUGUUUAUAUACAGAAAUAGUCUGCAUUUGUCAGAAUAUUCUGCUGAGAUUUG